GUCAGCAUGUCCAUGUUCAUUCCGCUUACAUUGCCUGGAUAAGUAUCAUCAUCGUCGACCAAGGGACUUGGUCGAAAAAAAUUCGUGCAAUCUUUUUACCUGCCGGCGAACCGGCAAAACUAGGUCUUAUUCAGAAUUUUCCCUUUUGACUUUUAGUCUGCAAAUUCAUGUCGUCGCCUUCGCUUGUUACCUUAAACCAGGAGUCGAACGAAAACGAUCCCCAGUUUUCACAUCUACAUAAACCGGACAGAAGGCAGUUUGCAGACAAGCUCAUCUGGAGCAGGUGUUAGAAGCUUCUUUCUCUCUCUCUCUCUCUCUCUCUCUUCGUUGCUUCUUCUCUGCGAAGGUAAAAGCUCCUCCGACGAAUUCGAUCUCUCUCUCGGCUGCCCAUUAACGAGAACCGCAAGCUCGCUGCCUGGUCGCUCUUUGUUUUUUCUUUUUCGGUUUGGAGCUCCGUUGUUCGUCGAGAAGACUCGCAUCGCUUGACGAACCGUGAGUUCGGACAAGGGUCUGUCCAGAUUAAACUGUCUGUCUCGCUUUCGGGUAGUGGAACCGUUCCUUGGCUCGAUUGCGCUAGCGUUUGCAUGUUGUUUUGUGUGGAGCUAAAAGUGCAUGCGAUGCGUCCGUCUAGCCUUCGAGCUUGUUCCUGUUCUCUUUUGCUGCUGAAGAAAAGCUUCGCCGUGCAUUUUUUUUUCUCUGCACUCGCUCUUGCUUUGAUACCGUGUGCGCACUGAGCUUCGUGAGGGACCCACUACUGCACUCUGUGUGCACGGAUUCUACGCAAGCUCAGGUUGAAGUUCUCGUUGGUGUCGAAUCACUUCGUACUACGCUGGCUCGCAUGCUGAUUUUGCCGGAGGCGCGAAUCUGAGGCGAUUCACGCGAAAUGGCUUGGAACUACUUUGCUUCCUUCUAAAGAUAAAUAUCUACGAACUUAUUUGUGAGAAUCGAAAUCGUGUUUCUAUCUCUUAUUCUUUGGUGCUGAGAGAAGUGGCUGUUUCAGAUCAUAUGGCGACGGACAUGGCAGAAGGGAACUCCCUAAUUGCGAAAGAUGUCACUGAGAUAAUUGGCAAGACCCCCCUAGUGUACCUCAACCAUGUGGUGGAGGGUUGUGUCGCCCGAAUCGCUGCAAAGCUCGAGAUGAUGGAGCCCUGCUCAAGUGUCAAAGACAGGAUUGGAUAUAGCAUGAUUGCUGAUGCUGAGGAAAAGGGUCUCAUUAAGCCAGGAGAGAGUGUUCUGAUUGAGCCUACGAGUGGUAACACCGGAAUAGGGCUGGCAUUUAUGGCUGCUGCUAAGGGUUAUAAGCUUGUAAUUACGAUGCCUGCUUCAAUGAGUCUUGAAAGAAGAACCAUUCUCCGUGCUUUUGGAGCUGAGCUGGUCCUCACAGAUCCAGCCAGGGGCAUGAAAGGUGCUGUUAAAAAGGCUGAAGAGAUAUUGGAAAGAACACCCAAUGCAUACAUGCUUCAGCAAUUUGAAAACCCCGCCAAUCCCAAGAUCCAUUAUGAAACAACCGGACCAGAGAUCUGGAAAGGUUCAGGCGGCAAAGUUGAUGCCCUCGUUUCUGGGAUAGGAACUGGAGGUACAAUUACAGGAGCAGGAAAAUAUCUCAAGGAGCAGAACCCUGAGAUCAAGCUCUAUGGCAUAGAACCUGCGGAAAGUGCAGUAUUAUCGGGCGGCAAACCUGGUCCGCAUAAAAUACAAGGCAUCGGUGCUGGCUUCAUCCCUGGAGUGCUUGAUGUGAAUUUACUUGAUGAAGUUGUUCAAGUAUCAAGUGAAGAAGCUAUUGAAACUGCCAAGUUGCUUGCAGUGAAGGAGGGCUUGCUGGUUGGAAUAUCGUCAGGUGCAGCUGCCACAGCUGCAAUUAACAUUGCAAAGAGGCCAGAAAAUUCUGGAAAGCUCAUUGUGGUGGUCUUCCCAAGCUUUGGAGAGCGUUAUCUGUCUACUGAGCUGUUUCAAUCCGUGAAGCAGGAGGCAGAGAAUUUGCUCUAUGAACCUUGACUAAUUUCCUCACAUACUUUGAUUUGGUUUCAUUGACACGUCAAGAAGAAAUUCCAGCUGGCCCAUUCUGAUGAAGAAUUGUCCAUGAUGAGCAUUCAAUAACACGCUAUGCGGACAUGUAUGAUUUUUUUUCUGUUUCAUCCCUUCAGUUUUUCUUUUCCUUGUGCAAAUCAAACUGCUCAGGCUGGCUGCGGAGCGUUAUAUUUGUACUGUACUCUUCCGACCAUGUUAACAUUCGUGUGAGCUUUCAUGUCUUGGAAGUAUAACCUUCUGCGUGCGGUGAAGUGGAAAGGUGACAAUUAAUAGUUCAGAUUUACUCUUUUACUUC